GUGAGUGACAGCUCGGGCUCCGGUUCCUGGUCACGGGGCCUCGUCGGGAGACUUCCUCAAUCGCUGCCGAGCGGAGCGGGAGAGGAGGGGUUGAGUGUCAUCAGCGCCGCUCCCACACCCGCAGUGCCCGAGCCCGAGCCGGACAUUGCCGGCCCCGCGCCAGAGACACCGAGGGCUGGACAUCUCCGGAUUAUCACUACAAGGAAACAGCGAACAGCCCCCGCCAUGUCCAAUCGGCCCCCGCCCAGACCAGCCAAGCCAGGGCUCGUCAAAGUUUUCAGAGCUCUAUACACAUUUGAACCCAGAACACCAGAUGAAUUGUAUUUUGAAGAGGGAGACAUCCUUUACAUUUCAGACAUGACUGAUUCCAACUGGUGGAAAGGAACCAGCAAAGGCAGAACAGGAUUAAUUCCCAGCAACUAUGUUGCUGAGCGUGCAGAGUCGAUUGAUAAUCCACUGCAUGAAGCUGCCAAGCGAGGGAAUGAAAGUUGGCUGGCUGAAUGUUUGGAUAAUCGAGUUGGAGUAAAUGGUCUUGACAAAGCUGGGAAUACAGCGCUCUACUGGGCAUGCCAUGGGGGACACAUAGAAAUAGUGAAAAUUUUGCUUUCCCAACCAAAUAUUGAGUUAAAUCAACAGAAUAAACUGGGGGACACUGCCUUGCAUGCUGCUGCGUGGAAAGGAUAUGCAGAUAUUGUAGAGCUGCUGCUUGCUAAAGGUUGCAGAACAGACGUGCUAAACAAUGAAAAAAAACUGGCCUUCGCUAUGGCAACUAAUGCACAAUGUGCCUUUCUCCUUAAACAGAAAUCCACGUCACAAAUCAUAAGGACUGCAAGUAAUGCAGAGGAAUACCUUGACGAUGAAGACUCAGACUAAGUUGUCUAUCUUUUUGCAAAAAAAUGUAAUGACAACAUUCCCCUGGAUUUUUUUAUCUCCAUUUUGCUUGAAGUGUCCUUUAACUGUAAAAGAAUAUUUAUGCAUUUCACUAAUGCAUUGCAGGAUUGUGAUAGUCCAGAACCUUGGCAUUUAUUUGUUGUGUAUCUGGUUUCUGUUUCACUGUUUAUGGUGACCAAACAUAAAUAAAAAUGUGUUGUUUGGCCUUGCAAUCUUACAAUUGAAAAAUAUGCUUUGUAUUAUAUUAAGUUGAUGCCAAUUGGAUCAGUUGAAAGCAUACUUUCAACUUUUAAAACUGCCUAUCAUAAAAUUGAAACCUGUCAAGCUGGGUAACUUGAAUUUGUUUCUUUUUUAAACAAAAAAUUAUCUCCAUUACUGGAAAUAAUCUGACUGGAGGACACUUCCAAGUGUAAUAUAUGCAAUCGGGCAAUCACAAUAAAUUGCUUCUAAUCUGACUACAGUGUUUAAGAAUAAUUUUAUAAAAAAUCUCUUUUCCACCAAAGCUGGUGUUUCAAUAUACAGUAUUUGAGCAAUCUGUUAUGGGAGUCUGCAUUUCACUCUUUCCGGGGUUUGUACAGUCAUUGCCAUGCAGUCUGAGCUCGGUCCUCGUUUAGCUAACGAGACAAACCAAAGUGAACAUUUAUUGUCCUCCAAGCCCAAACGACUUUGUCGUCUCAGUGGCAAGUCGCAUAAACUUCUUGAUUAUUUAUGUAACAGAACUUUUACAAAGUUAUUAUGAACUGAAUCUUUCAGGCAACGGGAUCCAUCAUGUUCCAGUAUGAUGCAAAAUUUACGAAUCACAACAACGUGACAAUGAGAUAUACAAACCGUUUUUGUACUGCCUUAAUUCUAUCAUGUUUGGGUGCCUUGUGGAAGUGUUACUACUCAUGCAACCUACUGUAAAGAAUUGAAGUCCUGAGAGAACUUUCUUACUGGAUACAGACUAGGUGAGAAUUUAGUAUCAGAGGGUUUGGUCUUGAAGUUGCUUGAGUACUUGAUCUGAGCUGAGAGGAUUCUCAAAUUAGUGGACAGUGAAUUAUUAGGGUUUAUUUACCUUUGGAUUGACUGGGAUUUUACUGUACAUUCUGACCAAACACCUUUAUAGCAGAAACCAAAAUACCUGAUUAAAAAUGAGGAAAAAUUGUUUCUUUUAAUUGACUGGGUCACAUUGCCAUUCUUAGUCCCAUUAAGUAGUUAUUUCACAACAAGUUUUUGUUCACAGUAAGGUAGUCAAGCAAAUCCUCAAAUAUCUUGAACUGUGAAGUGCUCACAUUUGCAUAUGUGGAGAUCAGCAAGUAAACUGAGCUCAUGGUAAUAGUCUGAAUUUUGAAUGAUGUGCCUGUCUGGCCUUUCUCUUGCUGGCCAUGCUAGACAUCCACUGUAGCAGCACAAGUCACAAGCUUUGCUAUUUCAUGUUUUUUAAGAAGUUAUUAUUUUUAAAAAUGUCCCCCUCCUCCACACCCUCUAUUUGAAAAUAGUUCAUGUCGUCUUCCCCUCUCCUCACUCUGGCCAUUUUUCAAUGAAGAGAGUAGGCCACAUGAUAUGCUACCAAACCUCUGCUAGUUUCUCUCUAACUACUGCAGGUAAGCUCUCUCCAAAUGCCCAGCAAAGAUUUGAAGCAUGCAAUCUUCUUAGCUUCACUACGUGGGCUGAGAAUUUAAAAAAUAUAGUGCAUAUCAACUUUGAGUUCCAAUGAUUAAAUCAUGCAAUAAACAUUUUUUUUACUUAAAUUAACAUGCCAUUUAAUCAAAUCAGUGGAACUGCUAAGUUUGUAUCAUUUAUCUAGAUUAAGAACAACAGAAAAAUUAUCAAUUCAUGAUCUUAACUGCUGCAAAAGUAGUUGAAUUUGGGAAAAUUGUUCAUACUCUGAACUUUCACUUCUGCUUGACCAAUGCAUUUGAUAAUGCAACUCUGUAAAUUAUUGCUGCAGUGUAACUAAUAUUUUUGGAAAGAUGAAUAACUUCUAAAAUAUAUAUAUAUUUGCAUACUAAAUGUCCUUUGCAGCUUUUGAAAUUACUUUUUCUGUCAAAUUUCUGUCUGAUUUUUUUCUGUGCAUUUUGAAUAAUGAAUACUAAUUUAAGGAAUGUAUGGAACCCCAGAGCUGUUCUUCAUACCCUUCUUGGAAUAAUAAACUUUUUUGUAAAUCA